AUGGCGGCCCGCGACCGCCAUCCGCAGUUCAAUAUCCCCUUUGAAGAGUCUGCAACCUCACCCAACGCCAAAGAGGAAACUGGAGAAUGGGAGAAAGCAUCUACCGUGCAGCCAGAUGAUGAUGGCCGCCAACAAGCGGAGCACGUCGGCAGCACAUUAGCUGAACAGAAGGCCGAAAAGGACACUGAAGACGAACCCGAGCCAGAAACGUUUGACAAGAUCGAAAUAACCGAAGAGGACUGCUACAGCGAACUAGGUUACGCCUUUCCCGAAUGGAAGAAAUGGACAAUCCUGACCGUCAUUUUCCUGGUUCAGCUGUCUAUGAAUUUCAACACUAGCCUGUACUCCAACGGUCUCAAAGGCAUUUCGGAAGAAUUCAAUGUCAGUGAGCAAGCCGCACGAUGUGGUGCCAUGAUAUUCUUGGUGCUGUAUGCGUUUGGUUGCGAGUUGUGGGCACCGUGGAGCGAGGAACUUGGCCGUUGGCCUAUCCUUCAGCUGUCACUGACUCUGGUCAAUAUCUGGCAACUACCUGUCGCCCUGGCCCCUAAUUUCGCGUCCAUCAUGGUGGGAAGAGCCCUCGGCGGGCUCAGUUCUGCUGGAGGUUCAGUGACUCUAGGAAUGAUCGCCGAUAUGUGGGAUUCUGAUAACCAGCAAUACGCUGUCGCUUACGUGGUCUUCUCAUCAGUCUUUGGUUCCGUCCUUGGACCCAUCGUUGGUGGAUUCGUUGAACAAUAUGUCAGCAGCUGGAGGUGGACGAUCUGGAUCCAGCUCAUUUUUGGCGGCUUUGUUCAGGCGUGCCAUUUCUUCGUCCCAGAGACGCGUUCGACCAUCAUCAUGGAUCGAGUUGCAAAGAGACGGCGCAAAGCCACCGGUGAAAACAUCUGGGGCCCGAACGAACUUGAACCAUUCAGAGAUCGCUUCUCAGUUAGAGAAAUCCUCAUUACCUGGAUCCGGCCGUUCAAGAUGUUCCUUACAGAGCCCAUCGUUCUCACCUUGUCACUUCUCAGUGGUUUUAGCGACGCGCUCAUCUUCAUGUUCAUCCAGUCUUUCUCCCUGGUGUACGCGCAAUGGAACUUUGCGAUUUUUGCCGUUGGCCUGGCGUUUCUGCCCCUGGGCAUCGGGUACAUUAUCGCGUGGAUCUCGUUCAUUCCAGCCAUUAAGCGCAACAUCAACGAGAGGAAGUCAAAGCCUGGCAACGAGAAAGCUCAGUAUGAAUCCCGGCUCUGGUGGUUACUCUGGACAGCUCCUUGCCUACCGAUUGGCUUGUUUGGAUUUGCUUGGACAAUUCAAGGACCUCCAAUUCACUGGAUCGGCUCCAUGAUCUUCGCCGCUCUAGUAGGUCUGGCAAAUUAUGCCAUUUACAUGGCUACUAUCGACUAUAUGAUCUGCGCCUACGGUCCAUACUCCGCGUCUGCCACCGGUGGUAAUGGCUGGUCAAGAGAUUUUCUUGCAGGAGUCCUUACUAUUCCGGCAACCCCAUUCUUCACAAAUAUUGGAGGUCGUCGCCAUCUCAACUAUGCUUGCACCAUUCUCGCCUGCAUUGCCACCCUCCUUGUCCUUGCCGUCGUCUGGGACGUCGGGGUCCAGAAGGCUUUCAAGGACGAACACAAACGCAUCGAGAGAAGUGAAUUCAAGGAGGACAAGUCAAGCUGA